GCGCGUAAUCAGCACUGCCUACGGACUAGUUUACGGUAAUUCUCUCUAAAAUUGCUGCCUGGAUCGAAGAAAGUGCUGUUUUGGACUUAACCGGGAAUGUAACGCUUAGCUAUACCGAUAAUGUUGUUGGUUAGCUCUUGACGGCGUUAACCGGAGAUCUAGACAGCACAGAGAUCCUCGGUGCGGGUCAAGCACAUCUCACCCGACAAACUGAAAAAAGGAGGAGAGGCCAAAAAGACAACUGCAACUGGAAGAAAAAAAGUGUCUACAAUCCUCACGGAUUCCCACAACGUCGAAGAUUAUCGGGACAUGAUGGCCACGGAGGAACUAUACGAGGUGGAGAGAAUAGUGGGUAAACGGAAGAACAAGAAGGGGAAGACCGAGUACUUGGUCCGCUGGAGAGGCUAUGGCUUUGAGGGAGACACCUGGGAGCCAGAGAGUCACCUGUCCAGCUGCGUUGAGUUUAUUCGUGAAUUUAAUCGUCAGCACAGUGAGAAGCAGAAAGAUGGAACAUUACUACGUUCAACACGUGGCGCUCCCAGCACAACCGGAGGCAACACUAGCAUCAAUGCCCGCAAACAGAUCAGCAGGCCUCGUCAACCCAGUAGUGGUGUGACUCCUAGUCAAGUGAAGACCUCUCCACCUUCCCCAAGCACACCCUCCAGCAGCUCCACGAAGCGGCUUCAGCAACCACAGCCUUCACCAGAAUCCAUCAGCAGUGACGCUAAAGCAAAUUCACAGCAUCAGAAGAACAAGCAUUCAGCUAGCAUGAGCAGCACUGGUGUAGCAAGCACAAUCACUGAUACAAUCCCAUUGGCAUUGCCAACUGCAGCCCCCACUAUGAGUGCACUACGCCGUAGUAUGGACCUGGUUAAAUCUGGCAUAAAAAUUCUAGUGCCAAAGAGCCCGAUGAACAACCGCACUGACACAGAGGAGUCUCCCAGUGAGGCGGCACACAGUUUGGAACAGGGAGGGCAAGAGCCAGAUGCAGUUCCUCCUGAAGUUGCCCUGCUGGAGAAACCUGCUGGAAUUGUGCGUGUACCGGGAGAGGAGCGGGCUCGUAUGGGUACGAGGCCCAGGACGCAAACAGCCCUUCCACCGCCACAGAUCCCCAUUACACCAGCUGCUGUGCGCACAUUAAACGGGAAAGGAGUCACUACUCUCAUGGAGGCAUCAUCAGCCAAUGGAACAGCCAUUACACAGAGUGGUGCAGCAGGAGGGAUGGGCAGCUCGGGGCUAACAGGAAAACGCCGUUUUGAAGACCGCGCGUCUUUUGACAAGCGCUUGCGGUUCAGUGUUCGUCAAACUGAGAGUGCAUACCGCUACAGGGACAUUGUAGUUAAGAAACAAGACGGCUUUACACACAUUCUGUUUUCUACUAAAACCUCAGAGAACAACUCACUGAAUCCUGAUGUAAUGAAGGAGGUUCAGAGUGCCAUGGCCACAGCUGCAGCUGAUGACAGUAAGCUUGUACUACUUAGCGCUGUGGGAAGUGUCUUCUGCUUUGGCCUCGACUUCAUUUACUUCAUCAGACGGCUCACAGAUGACAGGAAAAAAGAAAGCAUCAAAAUGGCAGAGACAAUCAGAACAUUUGUCAACACAUUCAUUCAAUUUAAGAAGCCCAUCAUUGCUGCUGUGAAUGGACCUGCUAUUGGACUUGGAGCAUCUAUCUUGCCCUUGUGUGAUGUAAUCUGGGCCAAUGAGAAAGCUUGGUUCCAAACUCCUUACACAACUUUUGGCCAAACCCCUGAUGCCUGCUCCUCCGUAACAUUCCCUCUUAUCAUGGGAGUAGCCUCGGCUAAUGAAAUGUUAUUGAGUGGGAGGAAGCUGACAGCUCAGGAGGCUUGUGCCAAAGGACUGGUAUCUCAGGUUCUGUGGCCAGGGACCUUCACACAGGAAGUCAUGGUUCGCAUUAAGGAGCUAGUAUCUUGUAAUUCAGUUGUUCUGCGUGAGUCCAAAGCGCUGGUGCGGAACAUUAACAGGGCUGCCCUGGAGCAGGCCAACGAGAGGGAAUGUGAGGCACUUAAGAGGGUCUGGGGCUCUCCUCAAGGCAUGGACUCCAUACUCAAAUAUCUCCAGAAGAAAAUAGAUGAAUUCUAAGUCAUUCAGUUGUCCAGCAGGUGCCAAAACCUCAAUUUUCAUCUGCGGACACCAUCCUCAAGUGCCUGAUGUUGAUGCCAGAGUUGAUUUAUUAAGACAAGGGUUGUCAGUGGUGAAUCUUCAUUACAACAUUUUUUAGUAGGAUUUUGAUGGAACUCCUCAACAGAGGAAAACUGGCGUGGUUUAGCCCGCAUCUGCCUUCGUCCAGGAUGUAUUUCCUUUUUAUCAGACUGCAAAAAAAGCAGCGUCUCUUUCUGCUACUCUUGAUAAUGAACUUGGUGCAAAAUUUUUAUAAAUCUUGCACGUGUUUCUCUAGGCACUGUGCAGAAGGAAAAAUCUUCUCUAGCGUUCAUGUGAAUUCCUGUCAUCCUUCGACUCUAGCUCCCCAAAAGUAUGACUUGUCUAAAAAUAACUGUCCCGAAAUGCUUUGUUAUAUGUAAUAUGGUUUUGAAUAAUUUUGAACACACCUCUUAUGCAGUUGCGACUGAUUGAGAAAAGAUGGUAAAGUCAGUGUAACUUAUGAAAUGGAUGCUUAAGACUUGAAUGAGUUGAGGUUUUGUGUUAGUGUGUGUGUGCGCGCCUCAGUUUGGUUACCAGUAAAGGGAUCCUUUGCCUAAAGAUUCUGUCAUUUACUCACCAUCAUGUACUUUCAAACCCAAAUUAAUUUCUUUUUUGGAACAAAUAAUGUCAGAAUAUUUCUUUUUGGGUUGAUUUUUCCAUUAAGCAGGCCAAUAUUAGAAUCAGGUCAUUCAUAAGCAGUUGGUACUCUUUAGUAGGUACUUUUAUUACAUUGUCUUUGUGACUAUAAAAAUCACCCAAGUCUUCAGACAGAUCUUCAACAUUUACAUUGGUAAGCCUUUUGUAGUAAUUUUGACUUUAUGAAUUGAUACUCCCCUUUGCCUGCUAUAUUAAGUCAAUACAUUUUGUGGCAACAUCAGGCAGGCAUUGAUGGCAAUACAAUAAUUUUACAAAUGCAUGGAAUUUGGCAUCAGUGCUGCUAUAGCACCAAAUUAAGCAGACCUGACAGCUUACCAAUUCUUACUAAAACUUAUUUAAACAUGAUUAUGCUCAAUUUAAAUUGGUCAUAAGAUGUAAGUGAACAAAAUUGAUAAUCAAGUUCAUGUGAAUUAGCAGGAAUUAAUUUAUUUGUAUGU